AUGAUUUCCUCCUCCGCCAGGCCGUCUGGCUCUGACCUGGCCUUUUUCUCAUCCUCAAAGGCCAAAUCUUCAAAGCCCGUCACGCCCUCCGUCGUUGUCACCACGCGUCGAAGGCUCGCCACACGGACGCCAAUACUUGCCACCCAACCUCCCGCUCGUGUCGCCGAAAUACCCACCCCGAUCCUCUCGAGCAACAUGAAGAAGCGCAAAGCCCCCUCGGCCGCCAAGACGCUAGACGGGCCCUCCAGUCUCGGUGUCAAACGCCUAAAGACCGAAGAACAGCCCCGAAAACGCGCCUCGUCGUCCUCGAAAGCCUCUUCACGCGCUUCAAGUCGGCAGAACACCCUGCCACCGUCCCCGGAGCCGAUCUACAGGAGCAGCCGCUCGCGUUCGACGUCCACUUUCCCCCACGACGAGGAGCUUGCCUCAGCGAGACAGUGGGUCACCGCGGAGGAGGGGACACCAGGCCCGACUUUCUGGAGCUCAGAAGCUGUUGUAAAGCGCUUGAUGCGGACAUAUGUUUCUUACUUCCGGAACCCACAAGACUCCAACGACCGUUCCUUUGAGCCCCAUCCCACAGAUUACCCAUACGCAGAGCUAGAAUACCCUAAUAGUGGCGCAGUAGAAAGAUACAUCCUGCUUCAGCCUAAAGACAAGGAUCAUUAUAAUCCUAUAUUAUGUCUUGAACGAACGCUUACUACGAUAAUUGAAUGCUACCUCACUCCAGCUCAGCAGACGCUUUUCGGUACAAUACCUAAUGACGUCCUCAUCGAAUCAACAUCUCCGCCCUCUUCACCAGCUUCUUCGCCCCCGAGCAACCCAUCACUCCCACUGCCGUCAGAAUCAGAUACCUAUGCCAGUACCCCACCCCCAAAGCGCACCAACCUCCUGCGCACUCUGCACCGCGCCAUCCACCUUCGAGACGGACCCCUUUUCCUUCAAACCCUCUCUUCCAUCAAUGACCUCCUGCGCAAACUCAAAUACCCUGAGCCCCCUUCGGAUCCCCUCCCUGCCGCUCCUCAGAAUGCCAUGAUGGCGAACGCACACGGAUGGACCAAACUGCCCAAGAAGGUCCUCAUGCGCCUCAUUGAAGAGAACUACCAGCGCAGCGUGGGCCCGCACGUGCAGAGCCUGAAGAACUAUGAAGCCUUCUCCAGCACCGUGUACGGCGAAUUGAUGCCUUCGCUCAUUUACGACAUCGUUCAGUCUACCGGUCUGACGGAGGACUCGAUCUUCGUCGACAUGGGCAGCGGAGUCGGCAACGUCGUGGUCCAAGCAAGCUUGCAGGCAGGAUGCAAGAGCUUCGGCGUGGAAUUAAUGCCCGCACCUGCGAAGAUCGCGGAGAGACAGUGGGAGCAGUUUAAGAUCCGGUGCAGGAUGUGGGGCUUGCGGGCUGGCGAUGUCGAACUGGAGAAAGAAGAUAUGCUAAAGAGCAAGAAACUCGUGGAAUAUUUACCGAAGGCCGACGUCGUAUUGGUUGAUAAUAAGGUGUUUGAUGAAGCCUUGAACGAGAAACUGCGCCCGAUGUUCCUCGAUCUCAAAGAUGGCGCUAUCGUGGUUUCGCUGAAGCCGUUCUCCCCCGUCAAUGCCCGAGUCACCGAGCGUAACGUCGACGACAUGACAGGUAUCUUCGAAGUGACUGAACGGCCGUACCACUCCGGCAGCGUCUCGUGGGGCCCUAGCGGCGGCGUGUACUACAUCCACCGCGUCGACCGCGCCGGGUACGCUAAGGUCAAAGAGCGCUUCGAGAAUUCAAGAACAGUCAGAGGAUCGCGGAGGAGAUGCUAG